GACUUGUCUCUGUUCGUUCAUUACUAGCAUGGGCUGAUCCCAUGGCUGUAGGUCGUAAAUUUAGCGAUGAUUGUUAAGUUCUUUUAGGAUAUCCGCUCCUAGCCGCAGAACGAGACUCUCUGAUCGUGAAUGAUCGUAAACACCGUUACCUCCUGAACAACUUGAACGGUUUAGCGCCUUGUUCAGGUCGCGACUCUGGAGUCCAGGUAUAAAUAGUGGGGGGAUGUUGCCUUUCAAUUCUCAACGGACUCGCCGUGCAUUCCUACAUCUCCCGCUCAGCCAACGCGUCCACCACCGAAUCCAUUCGUACUAUCUCUUGUAUCCAUAAUGCGUACUUCACUCUUUGCAUCGCUUGUCCUGGUUGCUACUCUUGCCUCUGCUGUUCCCGUCAUCGUUGAACGCGAGCCAGGUUUCCCCUCCUUCCCCAAGCCCGCUAAGGGUGGGAACGCUCAGACAGGCGACUCUGGGAACGUCAACGGCGGCGAUGUCGUUAACGAGGGUUGGAAAAUCAAGAACUCCCCUUGGGCUAAUGAAGCCGGCAAUGGCGGUUACACUGGGACUGGCACCGCCGUAGGUGGAUAUGGUCCUGGUGGAGGCGGUAAUGCUUUCAGCGGCAACUCCGGUAAUGCCAACGGUGGCAACGUUGGUAACUUUGGCGGCACUAUCGUCAACGGCAAGGGAGCUAACCAAGCCGGUAACGGCGGUACUUCUGUUAGUGGUAACGCAUAUGGCGGCAACGGGAAGCGUGGCUACCCUUCUUUCCCAAGCUUUGGAAAGGGAGGAAAUGCCCAGACUGGCAAUUCCGGCAAUGUGAACGGCGGUGAUGUCGUCAACGAGGGCGGCUCCAUCUGGAAUGGUUGGGGAGCCAACCAGGCCGGCAACGGUGGCUACACAAAGUCAGGAACUGCUGUGGGCGGCAACGGCAAAGGUGGAGGAGGAAAUGCUAAGUCAGGUGAUUCUGGCAAUGCCAACGGUGGAUCUGUCUACAACAGCGGUGGAUACAUCUCGAACGGAUCAGGAGCCAACAAGGCUGGUAACGGUGGCACUUCCAUCAGUGGAGACGCAUACGGCGGGAAUGCCUGGAAGCGUGGAUAUCCUUCCUUCCCUACUUUCGGCAAGGGAGGUAAUGCUCAGACGGGCGAUUCGGGCAAUGUGAACGGUGGUGACGUCGUCAACGACGGCUACAAGAUCUUCAACGGUCCCUUCGCUAACAAGGCUGGCAAUGGCGGCUACACAAAGUCAGGAACUGCUGUAGCCGGUAAUGGAAAGGGUGGUGGAGGCAAUGCCUACUCAGGAGAUUCCGGCGAUGCCAACGGUGGUAACGUCGGCAACUUUGGAGGCGUCGUUGUCAACGACAAGGGAGCCAAUAAGGCCGGCAAUGGUGGUACCUCUGUCAGCGGAGAUGCGUAUGGCGGAAAGGCAUACGCUUAGAUGUAUUGUUCAUUUCCCCAUCCUUCACUUUCUUUAAGUCUCAUGUAGAGAGUCUUUCCUUAAAUAUUUGUAAUGUCACCGGAAUUGCCCCGAUAUUACAGUUGCAUU